UUUAAAUAGACUUUCUCGCGCAUUUGACGAUUUUUUCUUGUUACUUAAGUUGUAGUUAUUUGCGUUAUCUUACGGCGGGCAGCUUAUCUCCAGUUGCUACCGCUGGACGAGUGCUCGUUAUCUCCGCUUCCCAAAUUUUCUUUGAUUCAGACAUCAUUCAGUGAUCUUAGCUGUCAACAGCAUGUUUUCCUGCAGAUGGUGGCAGGGUUAUUUCGGAAGCUAUCAGCGACUCACCAAACCUCGCUUCUCGCAGCGGGCAGAUUUCUGAUGCGACUGAGCUGAGGAACCUUCACAAUUUGAACAGGAAUCUCACAGGCUGGACUCUGGAGCGAUGCCCGAUCCUGUAGCAUGCUGCGUGUUGUUGUGUCCUUCGUCGGAGCAGUCGCGUUCCUUGCGCAGCGUGUGUUUCUUCGAUUUCCCGCAUCCGAACGAUCCGCGCUACCCCGUCUGGAUCGAGCGCUCUUUGCGUGCCAAAGACUGGACUCCUUCUCCAACCAGCAAGAUUUGCAGCAGACACUUUCGUCCAGAGGAUAUCCUCACAUUGCGCCACGCAGAUGGCUCCGGGCGAACGGAGAAAAGGGUGAAAUACGAUGCGCUGCCGAGCGUUUUCGAAGCCAUUCCCGAUUCCAUGCGACCGCCAGCCGAUGUGGUGCCGCGCGCUGACAGCCCCGAAAUUAUUCUGGCUAGUCAGGGUACAAAGAAGCGCUCUAUCGAUUGCUUGGACGAAAACAACAGUGACGAAACCCAGAAAGAGUCCAGUGACUCUCUCAGUGCUUCAGCUGAAGUUGCCCAGGCAUCCGCGAAUGUGCCGUCGAACUUUCCGCACGCAAAUCUGACAGUCUUGUUGAAUAACUGUACAACUCCGAAAGUCGCAAUUCCAGUUGCUAAAAGGGCCAGGAAUCUUCCUCCUCCUGUCGUCAUUGCACCGAAACCAAUCCCAAGUCGCCCAGAUUGUUCGUUAGCUCAGAAGAUUGUCGAUGGACGACUCACAGUGCUGGAUCACUGCGCCCGGCACGUUCCCGUUGAUUAUCCUGCACUCACCGACGCCGACGAAGCUCGCAAGUGCUGUGUCCCGGGAUGUUUUAACGCGCGCGAUAAUAAUCCGCGGGGGAGAAUACUUUUCCACGCAUUUCCCUCGGACAAGCAGUUUCAGACCGAAUGGAUUAAGCGGGUGGCGUGUUCCAGUUUCUGGCAGCCGGCCCCAUAUUCCGUCGUUUGUAGCUUCCAUUUUCUGAGCUCGGACUACGGAUAUAACGGCAAAAUUUGGGGCCUGAAACCGACAGCGAUCCCGUCGCAGUUGGGUUGCCGGAACGGAUUAAUGCGAAAGCUGAAUGGACCGUGUCUGUUCAGUCGGGUGUGUGCCAUCUGCGGGUGUUGGCGAGUGAUCAAGCAGACCCCUUUUUAUAAAUCCGCGUCCCGGUUGGCCUUUACCCCGUUUCCUGAGGCACCGCACGAGCGACAGAAAUGGUUGGCUGCCUGCCCUGAAGUUUCGGGUGGGAAUGAACUGUAUGCCUGCGAGCGGCACUUUGUUCUGGCUGACAUUCUGGCACGCUUUGAGCAGGAUAGAGAAAUGAAAUUAGAAUUGCAGCGGCGUGAUGGUAUCCUCCCACAUCCCAGCUUCCCUGUUUUUAUUCCGUUCCCUCUAGAAAACCGAGCUCCGCCGAUGUCCGGUAGCACACCGGCUGUCAUCGGUCCACUUUCUUUACCUAUGAAUAGCUCCAACAGCAGCCAGAGUCCUUCGAAUGAGGUCGUUCUACAAAGUCGAACGAUCACAGCUACUCCAUCCGCUUUAUUGAUACAAACAGCAACGCCUUCAGCCAGCCCGGGAGGUUUUACGUUCUUGGUGGUGCCUAAUCAGACUGCAAUUCCGGUUGUUCCUUCUCCGAUUGCGACUCCACCGACUGGCCGGUUUACACGUGGUCCUUCAAGGAAAGCGCAACCAAAAGUUGCUAUGCCGGAAAACGAGCUGCCUACAUGCAGUCAAUGCGGUUUGCGUUUCAGCACCGAUGUAUUGUGCCGCAUCCACGAAUAUGAACAUGGAGGCAAAGAAAUUGCCGAAGAUCUACGAAGAACAACCGCUUGUGCUGCGUGUGGAGAACCAUUUGAAAGCUUGGACGCAUUGGUGAAACACACGAAGAUUCACGGGAAACCAACGGAGGAGUGUCCUGUUUGUAAGCGACGUUUCCACGCAUUGAACUACCACAUUCGGCGUUGUCAUCCGGAUUGCCACUCUCCUCAUCGGUGUGCACAAUGUGGGAAGGAAUUCCAGUCGCGGGCGCAUUAUCACUCGCAUUUGAUGAGCCACAAAGUUAAGAACUUUUGGGCCAAUCGUACCUGCAGCGACUGCAAUUUACGGUUUGACUCUGAGUCAGUUUGCCGGCUGCACAGAAUUCAUCACGGGAACGCAGAAUUAAUGAAUCGUUUUCGGGACACACGAGAGUGUCCUGAGUGUCAUCAACGCUUCGCAGCUUUGGAGGAAUUGGUUGAACAUGUGAGUGAGCAUGGGAAAGCAGCCGAAAAAUGUCCAGUGUGCGGAGACUGGUAUAUUUAUUUGUCCAUUCAUAUGCGACGUGAUCAUCCGUCGCCAGUGAAUGCAGCAUGUUGCGUACCGGGAUGCCGGAAUGUCCGCCAGGAGUCGUCAAAAACAGCAAAAGUAUUGUUUUUCCAGUUCGUUGGAGCAAAUGAUCCGCGGUAUAAAACUUGGACACGGCGAUUGCGCUACAACUCGUCGUGGGUUCCGGAUUCCAGCGAGAGAAUCUGCAGUGAUCAUUUUCGCGAGUCCGAGAUCGAAUCCCACAAGAACGGCUCUCGUCUCGCGAGAACAGCUCUGCCCAGUCAGCUGUCGUGCACGACUUCAUUGUGCGGCUUUACCGCAGCAGAUAUGGCUGCCGGAGCAAUCGGUUGUGCUGUGUGCGGCUUGCGUCCGCCAGGUGAUAUAUCACCGAAAGCAUCAGAAAAGCUGAAGUUUUUUCGCGCGCCUGGUGCCGCAGCGGAUGGAUUAAGGAAUAAAUGGGUGGAUUUUUGCAGUCAGCAGCGAGAUGACAUCGAUUGGACAUCCAUUGGGGCGGAUACGCCGUGGUUUGUGUGUGAAAAUCAUUUCGAAGAAAAGUACAGAAAAGCGGAAGAAGAGUUAGGCUCUGUGGUUAGUGAAAGUAAAGCAAUCCCGUCCUUGCCCUUUUCCCUGGACGUCAACUACACCGAUCAGAAACUGAUGACGUCUAAAACGGACUAUGGAAAUUCGCUGCUGCGCAAAGGCGUUUUCUGUUGUGUGCCGGGAUGUGAAACUGUUUUAAAAAAGGGGGAUCCUAGGGUAGGAAAAUUUUUUGAUUUUCUCACUCCAGCAAAUGCACGGUAUGAGGAAUGGUUGCGGAUGGUGCGAUACAAUGCUUCCUGGGUUCCCGAGGGCCGUGCCAGAAUUUGUCCGGAACACUUUCCUGCAUCGGCAAUCAAGCAUCGCAUGAUGUAUUCGCAACCAACUGUGCGUCUACGCCAAUCUGCUUUCCCCACGCAGCUUUCCUGCAUGGAAUCUUUGUGCACUUUUACACCAGCCGACAUGAUUGCGGGAAAAGUAGGCUGUGCGGUGUGUGGUCUGCGUCCGUUCCCAUCAAAGCGAAGACUGAAAGCCUCGGAGAAGCUGGAGUUCUACCGGGCACCGUUGGGCGAAAUUAGGGAGAAAUGGAUUGAAUUCUGCAAAUCACAAAGAACGGAUGUUGAUUGGUCGGCGAUUGCGGAGGAAACACCGUGGUUUCUCUGUGAAAAUCAUUUUGACGCGCAGAACAAAGCGGAAUAUGCGGCGCAGACAGCAAUUCCUUCCCUUUCCUUCUCCAUAUACAUCAAAUCAAAAGAUUUGGAACCAACUGUAACUCCAAAAAAGAAGACCAAAAUUAUGCGACGUCAGCCUGUUUGCUGUGUACCAGGAUGCCGGAAAUUCACAUGGGACAAAACGCCUCCGGCACGGUUAAGAUAUUUUAAGUGGUCAAAGGUGAAUCGGAAUGAAUGGACAAAUCGUAUCCGGUGUUCCCUUUCUUGGAGACCUAUAACGCACAGUUUCGUAUGCAGCAGACAUUUCCGCCCGGAAGAUUUUUGCGAAACAACCCCGGACGAACCGCUGAAGGCUGGAAGGUUGAGAUUGAACGUCGCACCCUCUGUGCUGGAUUGUCUGGAAGAGUACCAUACUCCAGUCAAUACAGAUGCGUUAGUGGAAAGGGACAACGUUCGGACAUGCUGCGUGUGUGGAUGUUGGCGGCCAUUGGACGAGACAGACCUUAUUCCAUCCGAGCGACUGAACUUCUUUCCCUUUCCGGAUGACGAUCGCUUGCGCCAUUCAUGGUUAACCGCUUGUCGUCAGUGGAAUCCCCAUUUGACCGUAUCGAAAGAGUCACUUGUGUGUGAAAACCAUUUCUUGUUGGAUAAUUUGACACGACUGUUAGAGGACGGCAAAGAAACCAAGUUGGUACCGAAGAGCGACGCGAUUUCAACGGAAAAAACAUUUGCAAAGCUGCCUGUCAGGUUAAAUAAGCCUGACACUGUUGUGCGAAACAGUAGCAGCACAAUUACUGAGGGCGGCAGCGGCUACAAAUGCUGCGUACCGGGAUGUGGGAAUCGUGCCAAAGUUGAGGGCAAAAAAGAGAAAAUAACCUUUCAUGUUUUUCCCGGCCUGGGCAUUUCGUCCCGCUUCCGUGAAUGGAUGAACCGGAUUCGCUGCGCGAUUUCCUGGAAGCCUGAUCCGCACAGUCGAGUGUGUAGUAAGCAUUUUUGCCCUGAGGAUUUUAUGGAGGAGACAUCAAAAGGGAAACAACCGCGCACUCAUUGGUUGAAGAGAGAUGCGGUGCCGUCUAUUUUGCAGUGUGUUGAAAAGUUUCGCAGCCCGCUGGAUUUGAGUGAACCGGUUGAGGUUAGUGCAGUACGCAGGUGCUGUGUGUGUGGCUGGUGGCGUGCAGCCAAAGAGAAGUGCGUCCGAUCGGAAAUAUUGACAUUUUUCUCGUUCCCCUCGGAUGAAGAUCAGCGCACGAAAUGGGUGGAGAUUUGCCGCGAAUGGAAUCAUGAUUUCGUCUUCUCGGCGGGGUUAUUGGUGUGUGAAAAUCAUUUUCAGUUGGGUGAAUUGACUUUGGUGCGUGCGAGUAAAUGGAAUCAGCAGUUGACGUUGCGAAGCGAUGCUGUUCCGUCGGAAAGAUGUCUUCGUCUGCUGGGCGUUGCGGACGAUCUGAUCAUGCAGGGUGAUUCUGUUGACGCGGUGGCACCAGUAUCAUUUGAUGGUUCCGGCGAAUUUUCUUCGUUUGAUCCGGAGGUCGAUACAGCGGAUGAUGACGAUGAAAGCGAAACUGGCAGCGAAUAUGGCGUAUACGCAGAAAGAAGUGCGAUGUCGGCCGGUGAGAGCGCAUGGGAAUUCGAAGCAGCGGAAGACGAUGAUUCGAUCAUGGAAGCUGACGACACAGACACAGCUUUCCUAGACGUCACAAAUUCAGUUUGUGUUCCCUUGAGAAUGUCGAGAAUCGCCGAAAAUGGUCUUCCGGAAGAUGAGCAUUGUACGAGCGUUGGCGCCGUUCAUGGCAUGCCGUCAGUGAUACCGUUUACAACAGACGAGGCAGUUGAGAUGAAACCUCCUUCGCCCCCGCGAUGCGCCCCGGAUGAUGCUUUAAUGUACUGUGACUGCUGUCAUAAAUUCCUGCCUACUCCGUGUUGGCUGCAUGCAGCCAGUGUCUGCGAUGAACCAGUUGUUCCGUUGUCCGUCGGGAGCUUGCCCAAGAUGCUUUACUUGGAUGUUUGCGACGAUUCGCUAACUGGAAAAGCCGUCUUCACGAAGGAAGUGAUUGCGCGUCACACGGUGUUUGGACCGUUAAUUGCACCGCUGGCUCCGGGUCACAGCGAGAAGGCGUUAUACUUUUCUGUUACGGAAGAGCAGCGCAGGUAUUACGAGCUGGAGUCGGAUUACGCGUGUAAUUGGAUGAAGCAUGUCCGCUUUGCGGACAGCCUGCAAAAUAGCAAUUUGCUGGUGUUCUCGCGCGGAUCGCAAGUGGUCUUUGUCACCAUCAAGACCGUGGCGCCGCACGAAGAACUGAAGGUCUGGUAUUCUAAGCAAUACUUAGAAGUGAUGGACAGGCCCGGAAAAACUGAAGUUGAGGAUAUAAAACUGGAACCGGAGGAUGGAGUUGAUGGGACAUUUUUACCGUGCGAUGAUCAUGUCGAUGUCGAUAUGGCAGAAGCCGUACCUUGGAACGAUGAAGCGAACGGGAGUUCCCCCGUGGAAGCUGUUUGUGUGUCCCAUUUGCCGAUAGAAAACGGGUCGUCGUUGCCAGUGACAGUAGAUGGUGAUUACCGGCAGACGGACGAUCGAUCUCGCACACGCUCGAAACCGUUACUUUCAAAAACAAAACGAACCAACAAAACGCGGAAUUUUUUCACCCGCAAUAUUUGCUCAGAAUGCAACGUGAGAUUUCGGAGGGAAGAUAUGCUGCGUUUGCACCAGUUCAAUCACACGGGUUGCGAUGAUGGGUCUGAACGAGAUUGCCCUGAGUGUGCGAAACACUUUGACGAAUUUCCUGCUCUGUUAAAACAUGUCGACGAGCAUGGAACUCCGCUUGUGCAGUGCCCGGUCUGCAAUGAGACCUGCAGUUCGGGCGCUGUCCUCGUGCAUCUCCACCGCUACCAUCCCGGAUAUCAAAGAAGAAAGUUGUGGCAGAGGGGUUUGAACUGCGAUAAAUGCGGUUUGCGAUUUGCCAGCAGUUUCCUCUAUCGGUUACAUCAGUUGGGUCAUCAAGACAAGGAGUGUGUCGAUAGCAUAAAAAUUACGCGAAAAUGUCCAGAAUGCGGCGAGAUAUUCGACAGCCUUGAUAAACUGGCGGAACACGUGGAUGUGCACGGAAAGCUAACAAAGAAAUGUCCAGUCUGCAAGGGCUAUUACCCUGGCAUGAAAAAACAUAUCGAACGCCAUCAUCCGGAGUAUUUAGCCGAGACAAGUUGUCCGGAAUGUGGGAAAGAAUUCGCGCAACCGUUUUCCUUAAUAGUGCAUAUGAGGUGUCAUGGGAAAAGAGCCGCUUUGAAUAGGUCAACGUGUCAGCAAUGUGGGCUACAGUUUGCAAAAGACAGUUUGUAUGUCUUGCACAAGACCAGCCAUGAUACAACAGCCUAUCGCGCUAUUUCCGGCACGCAAAAAUGUCCCGAAUGCGAUGAAACUUUUGAUGAUAUGGCUGGGCUGUUUCAGCAUAUUGUUACGCAUGCUGUAGCCGCGCAGAAGUGCCCCGAAUGCAGCCUUUGGGUGGGCUCUCUGCGUAUGCAUCUGAAGCGACAACAUCCUGAAACACCGCGUCUUGGACACCUGGUUCGCUUCCGCAAAGUCACAUGUGUUCAGUGUGGAUUGCGAUUCAGCACCGGCUUCUUGCGCAGCAUCCACGAAUAUGAACAUGGGAGCAAAGAAUUAGCUGAAGACAUGCGAAGCAGAACCGCCUGUGCUGAAUGUGCAGAAGAAUUUGAAGACUUUGAGGCACUGGUGAAGCACGUCAAAAUUCACGGCAGGGAAACGGAGGAGUGUCCGGUUUGUAAGCGACGGUUUUAUGGAUUGAACGGACAUAUUCGACGGGAACAUCCUGAUUGCCCGUACCGGUCAAAAGAGAAAUGUGGAGACGGUCCUCAUCAGUGUAGAGAAUGCGGGAAGGAAUUCGCAUCAGCUGCCGUUUUUGCCCGACAUGUCAAUGGUCACCGCACUUCCGCCGCACUGGCUGCUCGUACGUGUAGCGAUUGUGGUCUGCGAUUUAAGAGCGACGAUGUAUGCCAAUUGCACGAGAUACAUCACGGAAAAGAAAAAUCAGCGGAGACCAUUCAGGGUACACCAGAAUGUCCCGAAUGUCAUCAGAACUUUGAAAGACUAGAGGAACUGGCUGAACAUGUGAGCGAGCACGGGAGAGCAACGGAAAAGUGUCCAGUGUGUGGCGAAUGGUACUCGGCUUUGGCGGUCCACGUCAGGCGUGAUCAUCCGGAUUACCUCAAUAAAAAUCCUUUUACGCCACGAAAAUCCACAAGCGAUGGCUUGGAUGCCGGAGAUGCCGUGGACAGUUCCUACAAGUGUUCAAAUUGCGGCAAACAGUUUGACUCGCGCAUCAGUUUUGUCCGACAUGUUGUGUCUCACCGGGCAAGCAAGAUGUAUAGCAGUUUGACGUGCAGCGAUUGCGGUCUACGAUUCAACAGUGAGAUGCUGUGCCGAUUGCACGAGAUUCAGCACGGAAAUGCCGAAGCAUUGCAAACACUUCGUGACACCCGAGAAUGUCCGGAAUGCGAUGAUAUCUUCGCAGAAUGGAGUCAGCUGGUGGAACAUGUUGCCCAACAUGGGAGACCAACGGAAAAGUGCCCGAUAUGCGGAGAAUGGUAUAGUCAGCUGAAAAAGCAUACCAGGCGUGAUCAUCCGGAUCACCACUUUAAACUGUUCGAACGGCCGACAUCCGGGAUAGAAAAUGGUUCAUCGCGUGAGGAAGGCAGCCCAGAGCAUCUCCAUAAAUGUCCGAAAUGCAGCAAAGAAUUCACAUCACGUUUCAGCUUAUCUGCACACAUUUCGAGUCAUCGGGCGAAAGAAGUGAAAUACGGGAAUCUGACUUGCAACGACUGCGGAUUACGGUUUGGAAGCGAAGCUGUAUGCGACCUGCAUCGGAUGCAGCAUGCGGAUAAGGACGAUUCGAGCGAUCAUGUGGUGGAUGUGGAUGACUGCCCGCAGUGCGGGGAAUCUUUCCAAGACGUGACGCAACUGGUAGAACAUGUGGCUGUGCACGGAAGACGCACGGAUAAAUGCCCGGUGUGCGGUCAGUGGUAUGCCGCGCUGAGGGACCAUAUCCGCCGUGACCAUAACGAACAUUUCGCGGAUUUUGUCGCACAAGAAAAAUCAACGAACGACACGCCCAAGGCGAGGGAACGGGGUGGAUAUCCGUGCGAGAAAUGUGGAAAACAGCUUUUCACGCGCAGCAGCUACGAUUUGCACAUAAGAGUGGGUGUUUUUGUUUUUGCGGUGUUUAUUUUGUGCUACAGGAGAUUAAUUUGAUUUUUCAGGCCCAUCGUUCAAACGAACUAAUGUACGACUCUGUGACAUGCAUCGAGUGCGGACUGCGAUUUGGACGUGCGCUGCUGUGUCAGCUGCACAAGUUGCAGCAUGGCAGCGAAGGAUGCAGCGAUGAGGAGUUGAG